CUGGUCAGUCUAGAAAAAAGUGCGAAACGAUGAACAGUGCUGAAUGCAAGCGUCUUUCAUUCGAGUAAAAACAUAGAUGGAAGUGUGUCUUCUAUGUUAGAGCAGCUGGCAGACACGUCGGAACUGUAGCAUACUGUAAUUAUUAACUUGAAGCUUGCUGCUGCUAGCCUUGUGGAGUUAUGUUUUAUUGUGAUUUUGUGAAAUGUGUUCAUAUGUGUUUUCAUUUUAAUGAUUUGAGAUUGAAGUGUACCGCUACAAUAGCAACUGUUACAAAAAAAUAUCGUGCAUAGAUUGGUCACCUACUUCAGUAGUACGUUGGUUCAUUCUUGCUGCGCAAGUGAAAUAUGUGUGAAUUGUUCAGUUGAAUCCUAUCGCCUGAAGGGCAGCUCCUACUAUGAAGUACGAUGAUGUAGGGUGUUUGAAAAAAUGUUGUAUUUGAUCAGAAAACCCUAAAACAGAUCAAUUUUGCUGUGCUGUAUUUGAUUGUGUUUGUGAAUCACAACGCGUGGAGCAUCCAUUCGAUAGUGUUUGUGUCGCAAGUGUACAAUAGUCAUAAUAAGAAAAAGAAGAAGCAAACAUGACGGCAUAGAUGGUUACUGCACAACUGAAGCAAAUACAAUUUUGAAGUAAACCUGGUUGUUGAUUAGUAGUGCCCAAGUUAUACAAAAAAAAACAAAAUGCAGCAGAGGGAAGUUACAGAUUAUGUAACAGUAAAUAAUCAAAACUGGUCUGCACAGAAAAUACCAGUCUACACCGGCAAGGGAGGCAUUAAAUAUUGUGUCUCAUGCAGAAAUGCUAUAAACGACGAAAGCAAUAGGAAAUUAACCAAAUGGACGAAACCAACCUGUGAAUCCGGAGUUAAACCCCAACUUGCUGCAAUAGAUUUAUUCAAAAUCCUUGCUCGAUUUGCUGGAAGGCGACAAAUCAACCAUCAAAAGCUUCUCAUGUUCAACAGUAGGACUGUCUCUGUUUUGGCAAUAUUUCUAGUUUUUAGUUCAGCAUUACAAAUGACAGAUGGUUGUUCGAGCAGAACAACACCGAAGCCCAGACCACCGAGUUCAACUCCUAGACCAAAUAUUACAUUCCAUACCUACAAAUGUCCGCCAGCUUAUGCCGCAUGGUAUUGCCUUAACGAUGCCACAUGCUUCACGGUGAAAAUAGGAGAUUCGUUACUAUACAAUUGCGAGUGUGCUGACGGAUACAUGGGACCAAGAUGUGAAUACAAAGAUUUGGAUGGCUCUUAUCUACCAACUCGACCAAGAAUCAUGCUGGAAACGGCAAGCAUAGCAAGUGGAGCUAUCGGGUCUUUAGUACUAAUUAUGAUAGGUUGGUGUUGUUGGUGCGUUAGAAGACAUCAGCGGCAUAAAAGACUUGAAAAGGAAAAUGGUGUGGAUACAGUUGACGCUCCUGGUGUAUUGCAUGUUGUGCAUAGUCAGCAGGUAAUUCGUCCUUUUGGAGCACAUCACCUAAAGACUAUUCCGAUGAGUGAAGCACUGAAGCGAUAAGAAAAAACGAACGACCUCAUAAAUUAUUGGCCUGAAUCUGGGCGACGUAGUGAGCAAUGCCUAAAAUAUUUAGAAGCAAAAGCAAAAUAAAAUAGUACCAACGAAAACUACGCAUUACCCAACAUGUAUGCGUGCCAGUAGAAGAUUUAAUACAGAAACUGUUUAUUUUUAAGCAAACAGAACACAAAACAUAUAUAAAUUAUCGAACCAAAACGGACACUAAACACGAAUACUAACCUACGAAUAUUAUGACAAAUGUGGUUGGAAGGACAAAUCAAAAGUAGACUUACUUACAAUUUGCUUUGAUGGAUUGGAAUAAACUUUUCUGUAUUCCUGUGAAAUGCUCACAACCCGUAUUUCAUGGGCAUUUUCAUAAAAUUAUUCAGACACUUGGUACGGUAGACUCUGUAUAUAAUUACAUUCAAAAGUAGUUGGACAUAAACAAACAGCUUAAUGUGAACAGGUCGAACACAAAAUAGGUUCAUAUAGCAAUACAGCCAGGUGCAUUUUGCAUUGAAAGUCAGCACCGCUUAAUUUCAAAAUUUGAAAUAUCAAACAUAAAAACCAAGACUAAAUUACGCAAUGAUGCUGAAGCAUUUCAUGCCUUGAAUAUUCAUAAAAACAUGUGCUUUAUGAUUGUUACACCUUUUACCAUAGAAAUUACAACACAAUUCAUCGAAUGCACAACAUUUGCUAUCGAAUCGAAAGCGAGUACCGUCGGCAUCUCAGUAGCAAUAUAAUGCAUGUUAAAUACACAACACAAGAAUUAUUCAAAUUCCAAAGCAUUAAGAGUAGGAAACGUUGUGGUGUGGAGUGUUAUGCAGGAAUAACAAUUAACAUAAUGUUUAAAAUUUGGAUUACUAUAAAUAAAACGCCUUUUUCUAACUUAUUCGUGUAAACUAUAAUUAAAUUUACAUGCCACAAAGUUCCUCCAAUGCUAUGAACCAUUAUUGAAGUAGAGACUUGCCACGUAACACCCAGCGCAGGAUAGAAGAGAACAAGCAGUAUUUUAUCAUUCAAAAUGGUGCCAUUUUGGACAUUUUGACGUGAAAAUUUCUAUUUAAUUUUCUAUUUCAUCAUAAUUAUACGCAGGUAGAAAAAAAAAAUAAAUACAUCACAGUCGGCACCUACAUUCGUAUAAUAAUUGUAUUAUAUAAUCUUCUAUAAUCUGUACUGUAUUUUGCAUAUUAAUGGCAAUGUCGAUUAUUCUGUUAUUUUUAAAUCUUUAAUAUUUAUUUUAAAACGUAUUAUUUAUUUUAAGUCGUACUAAUGCUUCAUCCAGCUUUUGCAUCUAAAUUACUCUAUUUAGAUUCAGGUGGCAAACCAUCUGAGGUUGAUUUUUUAUUUUAGACAUAUUUUACGUUAAAUCAUGUUACAAUUAAAACAGCGAAGAAACCGUCGAAAAUCUGGAAAAUCACAUGCAAUUAGGAAAAUUUUCAAGCCGUUUGCCGGUUAUCUAUUGGGUUGUUUUGUGUUGCUUCAGGAUUGAUAAAAGAUGUAAAUUUGAAGUCUGCUGUUCAAACUUUAUUUGAAUUGUUAGUCCCUUUGAUCUUAGGAUUUGAAGACUGGAAGACAGAAACGUAUGACAGCCUGCUUUAUAUUCCGUUAAAUAAAUAAAUUUAACGAACUUACAUAUUUAUUUUUGUAUAACUAAACAUAUGCAGUUUAACGUUAAAUUUGAGCAAAUAAAUAUAAGAAAUCAAUUGGAAUCGAACAUCCUCCAACUAUGUGAUGAAUUAGAUAAUCGAUGGCGUAAAGACAAAGCAAUUGACAUUUUUACGGUCAUGUAAAGUCGAACAUGUGCAUUAUAAAUGCUUUCGUUUGGGAUAUCGAAAUCCUGAUCCAUUUUUAAGAGAACAACAUACAUCAUUUAACCAUAUGAAAUUGUGCCGAAAAAAAAAUAAUACGGCCUUGAUUUUAAAAUAUACCGUUGUCUAUACUUAUAAAAUCACAGCAUUACACUUAUACUGAUUUUUCAUUACAUUGAAAAAAUUGCAAAUGUGUUGAGUAUUUUUAUUAAUAUAUUCGAUUAGGUCUUAAUAUUUUUCUGAUAAAUUUAAAAAUAUCAAAAAAACGCCAAAUCACAUUUUUUAUCAAAUUUAAACAUUGUUGAACUGUGUAUGAUAACUUCGUUUAAUUACUUUUUUUGGUGUUCUUCGCUUUGCAUCCACCUUAUUGAAUGAAAUAAGUACUUGUUGAAAGAUAAUAAUGAAAGCCAAUGAUGAAAACUAAUCGGAGACGGCAUAAUGGCGUAACAUUUGUGUAUUACUCAGAAAAAUAGGUAUAAUAGUGCGCUUAUUUUACAAAAGCAAUAAUUGAUGAAGUUGGAACGCAUUAGGAGGAACGAACAAAGAUUGGAAUUUUGGAUUCGCUUUGUGAGGACAUCUCACGUUCACAUGGCGCAUGGUGUGAGUAAAAACUGAAGGAUUACAAUAAAUGUGCCUU